AUGCAUUCUGACAGAGGUUGGAUGUAUGCAAGACUAAAAGAUGGUCUACUAAAUCAUUUAUUUCUUGAAGGAUUAAAUGAAUUCAUAUCAGCUACAUCUGCAUCUGCUUCUGGUAGUUGUGCACCUACAGGGCUCAGACCACAUAUUCACUUAGUAAAUUCAGUCAUGCAGCCUUCUGAUCCGAUUGCUAGGCGGAUUACCUUGAUCUUCAAGGAAAAGUUAGUAGCAGAUGGAUUUUGUUGGAAGAAUGUACCAGAAGAGGUUAAAGAAUUCUAUUGGCAAGAAUUUAAGAAACACUUCUUAUGGGAGGAGGCAAUAGAACAACUGAUGAAGAUAGCUUGGAGGAAGAAAGCUGCCGAGCGAUAUCGUAGCCUUAUGUGUAGCGUAAGGAAUGGGAAGGAGAAGAGACUAUCACUGACAGAAGGAGUAAUGGAUGCAUGGCAAUCCGCUUGGGGAGCAACUGAGUAUAAAGAGAAAUGCAAAAAAUUCUCAAAUAACAGAAAGAGUGAAACAGGUGGGCAAGGCGCUGGCCCAUCAAGACAUUGUGGAGGAUCCAUAUCUCAGUAUAGGCAUCAACAACAGAUGCGCGAAAGACUAGGCAGAGAUCCUCUACCUCAUGAGUUAUUUGAGGCUACGCAUAAGAAGAAGGGUUCCUCAGAGUUUGUUGAUGCACGCUCAAAGUCCAUUCAUGAUCGCUUUCUGACUUUGAAAGAGCAAGCAUCACAGACAGAUCAUGACAGUAGUCAGGCAUCCCGCGUUGAUGAGGCUCAGUUAUACUUUGAGGCAGUAGGUGGAGAGAAAAAAAGAAGGGUGUACGGUCUUGGAUCACAGGCUUCAGUUUUCUUCCCAAACAAGACUUCUGCUAAUACAUCCUUCACAUCAGCUCAGCAAAAUCAGGAUCUUCAAGAUGAAAUGGCUGAUCUCAGACGCAAGCUACAGGAGCGUGAGGAUAAUGAACAAGCAUUGAUUGAGCAAAAUGUGCGGAUUACCUCUGAGCUCUCACAGGUGAAGGAUUUACUUAUGCAGCUUGUGAGUUAAAGACAAGGCAACCAG